UGUGCUUGCUUUUAACGCUGCGCGGAAGAUGAGGAGCGGGAAGGCCUCCUGUGCCCUGGAGACCGUCUGGGAGGACAAGCAGAAGCAUGGGGAGGCUCCGCGAGCCGCCGCCCGGCAGCUCCUGGCCCAGGUGCCAGCUGUGAACGGGCCCGGCCAGGAGGACGCGGAGGAGGUGGACGAGGCCGAGGCCCCCGGCAGCUGCAGGGGUGGCCCCGGGAAGAGCCGUGACGGGAGGCAGCCCCUGCAGAAGAAGAGGAAGCGCUCCCCAAAGAGCUGGCUCGGCCGGGCGGACCUGGCCCUCAUGGGCCUCUCGGCCGACCAUGUCUGGCUGGACAAGCCGCUCUUCGACCAGGCGGAGAGCUCCUACCGCCAGAGGCUGGCAGAUGUGGCUGCCCAGGCAGCCCGGCCACCGGCUCUGGCUCCCAGGGGUCCGUGCACCCACGGGAGCCAGGUGGCCUGCCACCAUGUGACCUGGGGCGUCUGGGUCAACAAGUCUGCCUUUGACCAGGCUGAACGGGCAUUCGUGGAGUGGUCUCAGGCUCUGCUGUUGGCCACGGAGGGGAGCUGCCGGCCGGGGGCCGCUGACACAGGCCGGCGGGCUCCUGCACCGGACCUGGCCCUCGCCCGCCAUCCCGGCCCGCCAGCCAACGGCCAGCCCCCGCUGGGCAGUCUGAAGGCACUGGUGCGGGAGGUGUGGCUGGAGAAGCCGCUGUACGAUGCAGCCGAGAGAGGCUUCUACGAGGCCCUGUUCGACGGCCACCCGCCGGGGAAGGUGCGCCUGCAGGAGCGAGCCACCCAGGCCGAGAGCGCCCGGCGGGGCCGCAGAGACCGGCGGUGCCACAACGGCGCAGGGAGCAGGCGUGCUGGGCCGCGGAGGCCUGACGGGGAGGCCCCGCCCUCCGCCCUGCCCUACUGGUACUUCCUGCACAAGGACGCGGAGGCCCCCUGGCUCGGCAAGCCUGCCUACGACAGCGCGGAGCGCCGCCACCACACUGCUGAGGCCCUGCGUGCGGCCGGGCGCCUCGAAGCCGUCCCCCUGGCUCGCCGACCCGGGGCCCGGCCCGGCCUGUCCGUGGCCUGUCUGAGACCCAACAGGAAAAUGGCCACAAACUUCCUAGUGCACGAGAAGAUCUGGUUUGACAAGUUCAAGUACGACGAUGCGGAAAGGAAGUUCUACGAGCAGAUGAACGGGCCUGUGGCCGGCUCCUCGUGCCAGGAGAAUGGCGCAAGCGUGAUCCUCCGGGACAUUGCGAGAGCCAGAGAGAACAUCCAGAAAUCCCUGGCCGGACUCAAGGCCGUGCUGCCCAGCCCCCCUGAGGCUUCAGGCCAGCCUGCCCCCGGGACCAGCUCAGGCCCUGGGGCCUCCAGCGGGCCCGGCGGAGACCACAGCGAGCUCGUCAUGCGCAUCGCCAGCCUGGAGGUGGAGAACCAGAGCCUGAAAGGCGUGGUGCGGGACCUGCAGCAGGCCAUCUCCAAGCUGGAGGCCCGACUGAGCGUGCUGGAGAAGAGCGCGCCUGCCCACCGGGCCACAGCCCCCCAGACCCAGCACGUGUCCCCCAUGCGCCAAGUGGAGCCCCCCACCAAGAAGGCGGCCACUGCCACGGAGGAUGACGAGGACGACGACAUCGACCUGUUCGGCAGCGACGAGGAGGACGACAAGGAGGCCGUCAAGCUGCGGGAGGAGCGGCUGCGGCAGUACGCGGAGAAGAAGGCCAGGAAGCCCGCGCUGGUGGCCAAGUCCUCCAUCCUCCUGGAUGUUAAGCCUUGGGAUGACGAGACGGACAUGGCCCAGCUGGAGGCCUGCGUGCGCUCCGUCCAGCUGGACGGGCUGACCUGGGGGGGCUCCAAGCUGGUGCCGGUGGGCUACGGCAUCCACAAGCUGCAGAUCCAGUGCGUGGUGGAGGACGACAAGGUGGGGACCGACCUGCUGGAAGAGGAGAUCACCAAGUUCGAGGAGCACGUGCAGAGUGUCGACAUCGCCGCCUUCAACAAGAUCUGAGCCCUGCAGGCACUGCCGCGCGAGCCUCUGCCGCUAUUAAAGACUGAGGC